GCUUUCGCUCAGUCUGUGAUCAAGUUCGGUUGCGUACAAGAUACGAGCCUCAGUCGGAAUAGUACAUUCGGUGGUUUGGUGAAUAAAAAGUAACAUAAAGUGAUCAAGAGAGCUGUUGUUCAGAGGAGUUAUGUGCAUUUAAUAUUUCUUAGUGAAGUUAUUCGGUGCUUGAAAUUGAUUUUAAAAAUGGCUAAUAUGGACAUUAAUGAGUUUCGUGAGUUCGGAAGAGCAGCCAUAGAUUUUGUUGCUGAUUAUCUGGAGAACAUCAGAGAAAGGGACGUCCUUCCAUCGGUAGAGCCGGGAUACCUACACGACCUUCUGGCAACGGAAAUGCCGGAACAGGGUGAAGACUGGAGAUCGAUUAUGGAAGAAUUCAAACGCACCAUCCUCCCUGGUUUGACACAUUGGCAGUCCCCACACUUUCAUGCGUUCUAUCCAUCGCAAACGUCCUAUUCGUCCAUAGUAGGCGAAACAAUCGCGGCUGGGCUCGGAGUGGUUGGCUUCAGCUGGAUAUGCAGUCCUGCGUGUACAGAACUGGAAGUCAUCAUGAUGAACUGGAUUGGCAAGCUGUUGAAUCUUCCGCAAUGUUUCCUCAAUUGCGACGGUGGAAACGGCGGUGGUAUCAUUCAAGGUUCAGCCAGUGAAUCCACUUUUGUAGCGGUUCUUGUUGCUCGGGAGCAAGCUGUACGCAGACUAAAACUAGAACAUCCAGAACUAACGGAGGCGGAAAUUCGUGGUCGGUUGGUUGCAUACACCAGUGAUCAAAGUAACAGUUCAGUGGAAAAAUCUGGUAUAUUGGGUGCCAUAAAGAUGAGGCUAUUACCUGCGGAUGAUGAUUGUGUUCUAAGGGGAAAAACUCUGAUCAAAGCCGUCGAAGAAGAUAAGGCGAAUGGCUUGUUUCCUGUUAUAAUGGUCGCGACGCUUGGAACGACCGGUACAUGUGCUUAUGAUAAUUUGGAAGAAAUCGGCCCGUACUGCAAUGACAACAACAUGUGGCUCCAUGUAGAUGCAGCAUACGCAGGUGCUUCUUUUUGUCUUCCAGAAUAUGCUUGGAUUAAGAAAGGACUCGAAACGGCAGACUCAGUUAUCUUCAACUUGCACAAGUGGCUAUUCGUAAACUUUGAUUGUUGUGCCAUGUGGUUCAAGGAUGCCGGAAAGAUCACCGAAGCAUUUAGCGUCGAUCGUAUUUAUCUGCAGCACCAAUAUCAAGGUCAAAGCAAGGCACCUGAUUACCGUCAUUGGCAGAUCCAACUUGGUAGACGAUUCCGUUCCCUGAAAGUGUAUAUCACUCUUAAAACUAUGGGUGCCGAAAAAAUACGUAGUCUGAUUCGAUUCCACAUAAGUCUGGCGCAAAAAUUCGAACAGUAUGUUCGCACUGAUAACAGGUUCGAAGUAACAUCAUCCACACUGGCACUGAUCUGUUUCCGCCUUAAGGGAGAGGAUAGUCUCUCAAAAGAACUGCUGGAUAACAUCACCAAGCGUAAGAAAGUUUUCAUGAUUCCAGCCACCUACCAGGGCAAGUUCAUCCUACGAUUCAUGAUUGCCGGGAUCGAUCCACAACCGGAGGAUAUUGAUUACGCCUGGAAUGAGGUGAAAACGCAAACGGAUUUAUUGCUGGGAGUGGACAACAACGCCAACAGCUUGUCCAUUAAAGAUAUAAUGCAACAAGAGGUGUUUGAAAAAGAGAAACCAAUAGAAAAAGUUACUGAAAGUCUCAGCGGAAUCAUGGUAGCAAACGAGAAAGCACAUUAGACGGAGAUUGAUAUGUUAGAAAUUAAUGAUGACGUUUCGUAGCACUUCUUUUCCUUCAGGUGUAUAAUUUUGAUUUUUGUAGGUAAGUUUUCUUGCAAGUUUACGAACGAAAUUAAUAAAAA